AUGGCGUAUUCUACCGCAGAAAGUCUCUUUCGAGAAGACCUGAGCUGCCCCAUCUGCUUGCAGCUCUUUUCCGAGCCGGCUAUGCUUCCCUGUGGUCACAACUUCUGUGCUUCGUGUAUCGAGGGAGUGAUUGAAGGAGAAGCUGGGAGAGGACAGCACACCUGCCCUGAAUGCCUGUGUGAGUACAAUGGGCAAACUGCACUGCAGAGAAACUUCAAGCUUUGCAGUAUUGUGGAGGGAUUCAAAGCCAGUGAGGGUGCCUCCUCUCCAGUGCUCUGUGAUGUGUGCUUGGAGACCCCAGACCCAGCUGUCAGGGCGUGUCUCAAGUGCGAGAUCUCAAUGUGUGCUCUCCAUUUAAAACCGCAUUUGGAAAAAAAGACGUUUGAAAGCCACUCCUUGGUGGAGCCCAAGUCCGACCUCGGUGUCAAAGCAUGUCCAGUGUAUGAAGAGGUUGGGAAGUUUGAUUGCUUUGAAGACAAGUCCUGCACCGUCAAAGGUAGGCUCAAGAAAUACAAUUUGAAAAAAGCUUGUUCUGAAAUGAAGGGUGGACUCCAGUCAAAGAUGAAAAUAAUGACAGAGAAGCUUCAGCAAGCGCAGAGCUUCUUCGAGAAGGGGGUCGUCAAUGGAACAUCAGUUAAAGCUGCCGAUGUGAAAAAUGGCCAAACUGAAUCUGCUGAAGUGAAGGUGGACCUGGAAUCAGAGAUUGUAAAGAAAAUACAUCUAGCGGAGAGCCUUCUCCAGAAGGGGAAAAAGAAUAAAGCCUCUGUGAAAGUUUCAAGCGCAGAAUUGAAACAGAAUGUGUCGGGCCUGUUCGACAGGAUCGCUCAACUUGUUUGCACUUACAAGGAAGGGAUGGUAGAAAUGAUAGAAGACGAACAGCGCUACCUUGUGGAGAGCCUGGAGCGCAGCACUGACUAUAUCACAAAGCAGCAGCAUCUCUGCAGAGAGAUCCAGCAGCAAGCGGACUCUGUCUCGGCCGAAACGGACCAAUUCCAGUUCAUUCAGAAGCACCAGCAAAUCCAAGCAAAACUAAAAGCAGCGCUGGAAACCCCUUUAAACGAGAAAGACGUUACCAGUCAAGCGAUGCACAAUAAGAAACUUAUUGAAAGUCUGGAAAGGGCAUUUGUUGAGUUUCAAGCCGAAAUUAGAAAUUCACACCAGGAUCUGAAGGUUUUGAUUUACCCCUCAGAGCUCACGCUAGACCCGCACACAGCCCACUGUGCGCUGUCUCUCUCUGACGAUCUCAAGACUGCCAGGUACACUCCUACGAAACAACCUUACCCGGAUCUCCCAGAGAGGUUUGAUCAUUGGCGUCAGGUCCUGUGUUUCCAGGGCUUCUCGUCCGGAGAACACUACUGGGAGGUGGACACUGGGGAGGGCUUUUGGCAUGUGGGAAUCUGCUACAGGAGCAUGGCAAGGAAAGGCAGUGGGACGGAUUCUAAAUUAGGGUGCAAUAAAGCAUCCUGGACUGUUGAGCUGCAUGGGAAGCUGUCUGCUUGGCAUAAAAAUGUGUGCACUCGCCUUCAGGUGUCCACCGAGCCCACCAGGCUUGGAGUGCACCUCAAUUAUGAUGCAGGGACUCUGACAUUUCUCAGUGUGUCUGACAAACAGACCUAUCUGCACACAUUUAGAACAAGAUUCACAGAACCCGUUUAUCCAGCGUUCUGGAUUCAAUCCGGCACAGCCACGUCCUGGGUAACUGUAAGGAGUACUUCAGACAGGGACUUUCAAACAUACGCAAAUGCUAGCUAG